AUGGCAGUAUCUGCUCUUCUCUGUGAAGGCAAAGGGCCUGUGACGGAGUAUUACAGCCGCCUCAUCCACCAGAAGCAUUUCCAGCACAUCCAGGGUCGGUGGACCUGUGUCUGUCUGCACACGUUCUCCAGUGGCCUGGACCUGCCCAUGAAGGUGGUGGACAUUUUCGGGUGCUGUUUGCCUGUGUGUGCCGUGAACUUCAAGUGUUUACAUGAGCUGGUGAAACAUGAAGAAAAUGGCCUGGUCUUUGAGGACUCAGAGGAACUGGCAGCUCAGCUGCAGAUGCUUUUCUCAAACUUUCCUGAUCCUGCAGGCAAGCUAAACCAGUUCCAGAAGAACCUGCGGGAAUCGCAGCAGCUCCGAUGGGAUGAGAGCUGGGUGCAGACUGUGCUCCCUUUGGUUAUGGACACAUAACUCCUGGGCCAGAGGCUAAAACCCCGGUACCCCUGCUGUCCUUCCCACAGCUUCUUCUCGGAGUCUCAGGGCAAACCCUUUCGAGCAGCGCCUCCCAGUGGCCAGAAGGUGAAAUGACGGCAGUGGUGCCGCCUGGUGAAUGAAUUGGUUCUGUGACCCGGGAAGCUGUCCUUGGUUCUGAUUUCUUUUCUGGAGGCUCGGAAACACUUCCUCUCUUCUUCUGAUCUUCAUGCCCCAUGCCCCUGCUAGCGUAUUACUGUUCUGUGACUUCUCUGUGACCUCUGCGUACUCCUCAUCCUGCGUUUGGUCUCCUGGUGUCAUCUUCCUGCCGUGUUCCUAACAUUUUGAUUCCUGUCUUGAAAAAAAGCACCUGCUGCACCGUAAGCCCAGGGAUGUGGCAGCUGCAGCGGGCUUGGCUUUGUGAAGAACCGAGUGUGUCCACGGAUGUGGCAGCUGCAGCGGGCUUGGCUUUGUGAGGAACCGAGUGUGUCCAGGGAUAUGGCAGCUGCAGCGGGCUUGGCUUUGUGGGGAACCGAGUGUGUCCACGUUGGGGGAACAUCAUACUUGAUACACACGUUUUUAUUUGCACAAAGAAAAUGCUAUUUUUGGAGCCAGAGUUUUCAUGUCUGAUUGAUGGCGAUUUUCUUAAGAACCAGAACUACUGGCAGAAAGGGAGCACCCACACGCUUAGAUAGCCGAUGUCUUAUUAGAGGGCAGUUUGUGGUUCCUGAUUUGGAAAUUAACAUUCUCCAAACAUUCCAGUCCAAUGAAAGUUUUAUCCGCUUUCCCAUAUAAAAACUCUUCCCACGAGAGUGACUUGAUUCUCACAAUCCAGUUGGCGUCGUGUGUGAAUCCUUCAGUGUGAGGUUCAGCAUUGCCAUCUCCAAGUGCUCUUCGUAGGGAAACAGUUUCUGGUCAUGACGAGGUUCCACUUCCCAUCUGAUCCUGGCCCGGCCUGGAAACAGAGAACAUGUGUUUCAGGAUGGCAGUGUUUGGGGACAGGACAUGAGCGUAUUGUGUGGGGCUGCUAGGACAGGCCUGGCGGGGUCGGGGGGUGUCCAAGUCAGUUUACUUGGUUCACAGGUUCCCAGGCCCACCCAGGUGCCUAGAAUUGGCCUCCAGGAUGGGACCAGAAAUCUGGUUUUGCAUAGAAAUGGCUAGCAGCAGGCA